AUGGCUCGCCGCCACGACGUCGACGUCAACGACAUCGACCUGGAGGAAGAAGAGCUUGACACCGACGACCUCGAGGCCGCUGGCUGCGCGGUUUGUGCCCUCGGCGCGCAUCGUCCUCGCCUCCCCGUCGCGCCCCAAGUCCAGCUUCCGGCUUCAGGCGCCCCCGUCCACUCGGUCACUGCUCUUGUCGCCGACGCGCACACUCUCCAGCGCGAGAACCAGGAGCUGCGCGCCCAGAACGAACUCGUCUCAGCGCACAAUGCGGGCUUGGCUACUAACGCGUCCGUGCUGCAUGACCGCAAUCUCGCGAUCUUGCAUCGUGCUCGCGAGGGUUAUCGCGCAGGCAUGAUCCGGCUCGAGCAGGCGCUCCUCUCCUGGGAGCACGCCGAGCGGGACUACGCCGUCCUGGAGGACCAAAUGGCCGACUUCCGCGCUCGUGCUGAGCGCGUCGACGCCGCCGAGGCUCUACUCCGCGCCGAGCGAGGCUCCUCGACAGAGCAAUAUCGUGAUCUUCAAACUCAGCUCCGGGCGGCACGAGACCAGGUCCCUGACUUGACCGCCCAACUCGCGCGCGCUCCUGCUACGCCGCCUCCCUCCACCCUGAACGGGAUCACAUGCGGCAGCUCGUGGCCACUGCCGAGCAGCAGCGCGACGCCGCUCUCGCCGAGCGUGACCACUCUGGAGCAGCAGCGCGCCCCGGCCGACGAAGAGCUCCGCGCGGCCCGUGCGUCGCUUUCUCAGAGCCGCAUGGAGAUCGAGGCGGCCCAGAACCUGAACGUCCCGCUGCAGGACGACCUUCGGCGCGUCAACGCGCUCUUAGUGGCCCACGCCGAGGAGCUCCGCCGCGGCGUGACGCGUAUCCACGAGCUGGAGGAGUCAGUGGCUACUGCUACGACUCUCCGUGUGGCCGCCGAGUCCGAGAUGGCGCGGGCUCAAGCCGGCGAACUUUGCGCCACAUCUCGCGCGGCGCAGUAUCGAGCUGGGUGGCUGUCCAUUCGGCGGUCGUCUCAGCAGCGUCGAGGAGCGGUCGGCGCCCAGACCCAUCGUCUCAGCGCUCGCGUCGCCGAGCUGGAGGAGGAGCGCGACUUGGCCAUCCGAGAGCGCGACGAACGCGCUGUGGCUUGGCGUCGGAUGCUUCGAGACGCGCGUCGGGGCCGAGAGCUGGCGCGGCGGGUGCGCGACGAGCUUGCCGAUCGUCUCGCCGGCGUCGCAACGCGUGUAGGCGGGCAGAUCGACACCGCUGACCUGGUCAGGCGACUCGAAGCCACUUUCACGGCGGAGAUCGACGGUGCGAUCCCCCUCCCCCCUGAUAUUCCUACGUCCGCAGCAGUUCCUGCGGCAUCCGCGGUUCCUGUUCCUGCUUCAACUGCGUCGAGCUCUGGUGCCCGGGCGGGUUCGUCGGCUUCGACGGCGGGCUCGACGACUGGCGCUUGCCCUCCAGCAGGUCCUUCGGGCUCCCGUCCUGUUCCGACUUCGUCCGCUGCC